AUGACUGAAACAGAGGAAAGAGAUGAAAUUUUCGAGGCUGUUUCCAAAUCAUUCGAUGAGUUAAAAGACCAAAACCCAGAUUCAAUAUCUCUUGCAAAGUUUAAGGAAAAAGUCUCUGAUUAUAUCGAAAAAACGUAUCCAGGUAAGCGAUAUCUAGUUGAAAUUGAUGAAAUUAGAAUUGACCUCAAAAAGCAAUGCGAAGUUUAUUCAACGGCCAAUGUUUUGAGCAAAGGAAUUUUUAAAAAUUAUGAUUUCAUUUAUCAAGACUUACGCUAUGUAGUAAACAUAUUUAUUCCAUAUGCAAAGCUAACGGAAGAAUAUUCAGGUAAAUUUACAGCAACAAUUCAGGAUUAA